GUACGAGUACAGUGUGUAUACACCGCUCUGUUACCAUGUGUCAUAAUGUAUGUCAAGGUGAAGCGACGCGGAGAUAUGCAUUGGGUCUGAAGCAGCGUACACACUGACUGUUUCGUUACAUGUAAUAUUUAUCACAAGGCAAACAACCAUGAUCUGAGGGCCACAUACAAUAUUUGUCUUAUAUCCGUUUACCAAGUCUACAAGGGUCUGCUGACCCAAGGCUUCAGUCCUUCAAGUGUACGAAGUCUCAGAUUACAACGAGGUCAAUACCUGUUCUGUAUUUUCCUUUAAGACCUUUAAGUGUUGCCUUUGUGCGAAAAAAACAAGUACAAAAAAGAAAUAAGUAUUUGAAGGAGAUAAAGCUGUCAACAUGGUUUGGUCUUUUUGAGACGGUUCUGUUUCAAAAGAGCACAGCUUGCACCCACGAGAGCACAACUCUGGAAGAGCCCCAAGGGCACUACUCUGGAGACCCCUAAGUGCACUACAGUGGACCACUCACAAGAGCAGGGCACUACGAGGGAGCACCCGCAAGGCCACAGCAGUGGAGCACCCGUUAGAGCACAGCACAGACCACCCGCUAAAGCACUACACAGUAGCAACGGGUAGAGGCGGCGCUGCACCUACAGCAGUGUCAGGGUCCUUGUGAUAAGUCGGUUCGACACCCUCUUUACCUCAGGACACCGAGAGAUGGUCAGUGUUGGUCGGACUGGGUAGCAGACAUGUGAAUCAGAAUCGGAUUUAUCGUGAACGUGAUAAUUCCUCUGGAUCGAAAGUGAGAAAAACAUAUCUUAUAAGAAAUCAUGACAAACCUCAGCAAAAAACGUAUUGUCAUCAUCCUAUCUGUGAUAGUGGUGGCUGUUGCAAUCAUAGCACCCACAGCAUACUAUCUCACCCGUCCAUCGGACACGGGGGAUGAGGUUGUGCCAGGAGGGCUCCCCACAAAUCCCGAGGCCCAGCGACUGGACUGUUUCCCAGAGGCGGAGAAUGGCCUUGAGCAGGUGACGAAGGAGAGCUGUGAGGCCAGGAACUGUAUUUUCGCCGGGUCGGGCCAGGGAGGGCCCGAUUGCCACUUCCCCCUGGACGGGUACGGGUAUUCUGUGACGGGCACUGAGGACACCCCCCUAGGGUUCAAGGCGUUCCUGAAACAGAAGGGGAAAGCCCCUUUCGGAGGUGACAUUAAUUCAGCUGUAUUUGAAGUACAAAUGAGGGAUGAAAAUAUUCUUAGGUUUACGAUCGAUGACCCCAACUCCCCCCGCUACAAGGUCCCCGUGAACCUCAACCUGCCGUCAACCAAGGCGGCAGACGCCAAGUACAACGUCGUCAUCACAAACCGGGACACCUUCGCCUUUCAAGUCAUCAGGAAGGCAACAGGCAAAGUCAUCUGGGACACGGGCGUUGGGGGACUGACGUUCUCGGACCAGUUUCUGCAGAUCGCCACUCGCCUCCCUUCGGACAAGGUGUAUGGACUUGGCGAGAACCAUCACAAGUCCUUCAAACAUGACCUCACUAAAACGUGGCCGAUGUGGUCACGUGAUCAGCCCCCGUGGCAGACUCCCCAGUCCAACCUGUACGGCGUCCACCCCUUCUACAUAUGCGUGGAGGAUGACGGCGGUAACUCUCACGGCGUUUUCUUACUCAACAGCAACGCUCAAGAUUAUUCCUUCACUGACACUCCCAGCCUGACGUAUCGUACGACUGGCGGUAUCCUUGACUUCUUUGUGUUCAUGGGGAGUACGGCCAACAAUGCUGUUCAGCAGUACACGCAGGUGAUCGGACGCCCCGUCAUGCCUCCGUACUGGGCUCUUGGGUUCCAGCUGUCACGAUAUGGGUACAAUAACAUCUCUAAUCUCAGGAGGGCCGUGGAGAAUACCAGGCGGUACGACAUACCUCAUGACGUGCAGUACGUCGACAUUGACCACAUGGACGAGCGGAAGGACUUUACAAUCGACGACAUCAACUUCCCCGGUUUGAACGACUACUUCAACGAGCUGAGACAGGAGGGCAUGAAAACCAUCAUUAUCUUGGAUCCCUGCCUAAUCAGCAACGAGACCAACUAUGAACCGUAUGAGAGGAUGAAGGCGGCCCGGGCGAACAUCAAGUGGCCUUCGGAUUACACCGCCCCAGAUGACAUGAAGGAUGAAACAAACGCCGUGCUUGGAUACGUAUGGCCGAAGGGCAAGGUUGUGUUUCCGGAUUUUUUCAAGAAUGUCACAAGCGAAAUUUGGUCUGACCUUAUUGUUAGCCAUCAUAGCAGACUCGUCUUUGAUGGCCUCUGGAUUGACAUGAACGAACCUGCCAACUUUGGAACGAAUGAAGAGCGCCCCUUCAACUGGCCAGAAGACGCAAGGCCCUACUGGAGCCUGAAAUGUCCCCCAAACAAAUAUGAGGACCCACCCUACAGAACACGUGCUGCCUAUGGCCAUGACGGCAGCGGGAAGAAGGCCCGCUUGUCUGACAAGACCACCUGCCUGUCUACUGUACAGGGGGAGUCGGACCAGUACCGGCACUACGAUGUACACAGUCUGUAUGGGUGGAGCCAGACCCAGCCUACACUCAGGGCUCUCCAGAAAGCUACAGGAAAGCGUGGCAUCGUCAUCUCACGGUCAACGUUCCCGGGCAGUGGCAAGGACGCUGGACAUUGGCUAGGGGAUAACAAGAGUGAUUGGGAAGACAUGAGGUUAUCCAUCAUAGGAAUUCUGGAGUUUAAUUUGUUUGGAAUACCCUACAUCGGAGCUGAUAUCUGUGGCUUCUUUGACAACACUACGGCGGAGUUGUGUGGUCGAUGGAUGCAGCUCGGGGCGUUCUAUACGUUCAGUCGCAACCACAAUGGUCUCGGCUAUAUAGAUCAAGAUCCUGGUGCACUAGGAGAUGAAGUUGCCAGUAUAUCCCGGGAAGCGGUGAGAACACGCUACAGUCUGUUGCCCUUCUUGUAUCACUUGUUCCACUCUGCACACACAACUGGGGAGCCGGUCAUCAGGUCGCUGGCCCUGGAGUUUCCAUAUGAAAAGAAUGUGUCCACCAACUUUGAACAGUUCCUAUGGGGCGGUGGGCUACUCAUAUCGCCUAUACUGUACGAGAAUCAAACUGUCCUGAAAAUGUAUUUCCCAGGGGGAAGAUGGUACAACUUUUACACGUUGGAAGAGACCACUAGUACUGGACAGGAGCACGUGGAGAUGGCGGUCAAGCCGGACACGCCAGUCCAGCUCCACAUCCGUGGCGGCUAUAUCGUUAUUACACAGGAACCUGGGAACAACACACAAAACAGUCGCCAGAACCCGCUAACUCUAAAGAUCGGACUCUCCCCAGUUUACACAGCGAAGGGCUGGUUGUUCUGGGAUGACGGCGAAUCGAUCGACACCUAUGAGAAUGGAAAUUAUUACAGUUCAACCUUCUACACGGAAAAUAAUGUACUGGACCUGACAAUCGAACACAAUUCGGCCUCGGAGGUCAAUGACCUCUACAUAGACGACAUAUUUGUCCUCGGUGUGAAUAUCAACGUCAGCCACGUGAGAUUAACAUCAGAGAACAGAGACCUCAACUUUACAUUUGAUGCAGAUAAGAAGAUUCUCAGGAUCUCGGAUCACCUACCCGUGAAUAAACCGUUCCAGAUCGUCUGGACUCAAGAAACGGACGAUUAUUUCACCCGAAUCGAUUGCUAUCCCGAGGCCUUGAGUUGGAAAAUCAGCGUCACUAAAGAAGAAUGCGAGAAACGAAACUGUGUCUUUGACAAUUCUACACAUGCUCCUAUCCCAGCAUGCUAUUUCCACCAAGAGAAUUAUGGGUAUUCGGUCUCUGGACCAGUUGAGCAGACGGCACUCGGUUUCCGGGUUCCUCUCACCAGACUGGGAGCCGGGCCGUUUGGAAAUGAUGUCCAGAAUAUUACGUUCAAUGUGGAAAUGAGAGGAAACGACGUCCUUAGAUUCACGUUCGAUGAUCCAGUCGAACAGCGUUUUACGGUUCCUCUCAACAUGACCCUGCCGGAGAACAAGGGAGAUAACCCAACUUACGAUAUGAUCAUAACCAAUAACCAUACAUUCAGCUUCCAGAUUGUAAGGAACAGUACAGGCAUGGUUAUUUGGGACACUGGUGUUGGGGGUUUGACGUUUGACGACCAGUUCCUCCAGAUCUCGACCCGCCUCCCGUCUCCAAACGUGUACGGCUUCGGGGAGAACCUGCACGCUUCCUUCAGACACAACAGCUGGUACAAGACUUGGCCAAUGUUCUCACGGGACCAGCCCACCGUCAACGCCUGGGGGACUUACAAUAACCACUACGGCGUCCACCCCUACUACAUGUGUGUGGAGGAAGACGGUAACUCUCACGGCGUUCUCCUCCUCAACAGCAAUGCACAAGACUAUACCUUCUCUCCGAUGCCCAUGCUGACCUACCGCACUACUGGCGGCAUCCUGGACUUCUAUGUGUUCCUUGGACCAACCCCCGACCUGGUCACCAGUCAAUAUACAACGGCUAUAGGACGCCCCUUCAUUCCUCCGUACUGGGCGCUAGGAUUCCAGCUAUGUCGCUAUGGAUACAACCACAUCCAGAACCUGAAGGAUGUUGUCCAGCGAACUCGGGAUGCUGGCAUUCCACAUGAUGUGCAAUACGCUGACAUUGACCACAUGGAUGAAAGGAAAGACUUCACCGUCGACCACGCCAAUUUUCCUGGUCUCGGUGAAUAUUUCCAGGAACUACAGAAAGAUGGCAUGAAGACCAUCAUCAUUCUGGAUCCUGCUCUGAUCUCCAACGUGACUGGCUACGAACCUUACGAACUCAUGAAGGCAGUCCGGGGCAAUAUCAUGUGGCCUAACUCCUCCAGCUCCAUCCCAGAGGGAAGUCAGGAUACGGAUGGGGCAGUACUUGGAUACGUGUGGCCGAAGGGCAAGACUGUGUUUCCAGACUUCUUCAAGCCAGAGACUAACCGAGUGUGGAGAGAGUUGAUAGUAAAGCACCACAACGAGGUGCCAUUUGAUGGGAUGUGGAUAGACAUGAACGAGCCCGCUAACUUCGGCACAAACGAGGAGAGGCCCUUCAACUGGCCGGAGAAGGACCAACCAUACUGGAGCCUCAAGUGUACCAACAACAAAUAUGACGAUCCUCCAUAUGUUACACGAGCUGCCUUCAACUAUGACAACGACAAGGCAGAUGGGCGCAUCUCGGACAAGACGUUAUGUAUGGUGGCCCGGCAGGGACAAAAUGACGAGUACAGACACUACGAUGUCCACAGCCUGUACGGCUGGAGCCAGACAAUGUCUACCUUACAGGGUCUGCAGCAAGCUACAGGAAAGCGUGGUAUCGUCAUCUCCCGGUCAACGUUCCCGGGUAGUGGCAAGGACGCUGGACACUGGCUAGGGGAUAACAGAAGUGAUUGGGAUGAUAUGAGAUUAUCAAUCAUCGGUAUUCUGGAGUUUAAUUUGUUUGGAAUACCCUACAUUGGAGCUGAUAUCUGUGGCUACUUUGACAACACUACGGCGGAGUUGUGUGGUCGUUGGAUGCAGCUCGGAGCGUUCUAUACGUUCAGUCGCAAUCACAAUGGUCUCGGCUAUAUAAAUCAAGAUCCUGGUGCAUUUGGCGAUGACGUUGUCCGUAUGUCGAGGGACGCCAUGAACACCCGCUACAGACUCUUGCCUCACCUGUACUCGCUGUUCUACUUCGCACACACUAAAGGAGAGACAGUCAUCAGGGCUCUGGUCCAUGUCUUUCCAAAGGACAAGAAUACUUACAACAACCAUGAGCAGUUCCUGUGGGGCGGAGGGCUUCUUAUAUCGCCCAUACUGUACGAGAAACAAAAGCUUCUGAGAAUGUACAUACCUGACGGAAGAUGGUACAAUUAUUACACGAUGGAAGAGGUCACUAAAGCUGGACAGAUGUACCUGGACGUCCCGGUCAAGCCGGACACACCAGCACAGCUUCAUCUUCGCGGCGGAUAUAUCAUCGUUACCCAGGAACCAGCGAACAAUACACAUUUCAGUCGCAAGAAUCCAUUCACGGUGCUGGUCCCUCUGUCUCCUAUCAAUGAAGCUAAAGGUUGGCUGUACUGGGAUGACGGAGAAUCUAUCGAUACAUAUGAAAAGGGAAAUUAUUACAUGUCAACCCUUUAUGCCCAUGACGGUGUACUAGACAUGACUAUUGACCACAACACGCUGUCUGAGGUCGACGACCUCUACAUAGACAACGUCAUUGUCCUCGGCGUGGAGGUGCAGGUUAACCUCGUUAGACUGGUGUCUGAAAACAGAGACCUCAACUUCACAUAUGAUGCAGACACAAAGAUUCUGAAUAUCACCGAUGACCUCCCCAUAAAUCAGCCGUUCCAACUCCAGUGGACGUCAGCAUCGGCCGAUGACUACGAGAAGAUUGACUGCUACCCAGAAGUCCAAGGUAAUGUUGUCACGGUCAACGAGACUUCCUGUAUGCAAAGACACUGCAUCUACGCAGACGCAGAAGACACUUCCGUCCCGGAUUGCUACUUCCGCCAGAGCAACUACGGCUACAGUGUUUCAGGGGCUGUGGAGCAGACUCCCUUGGGAUUCCGGAUACCAUUGACCAGGAUUGAAAGUUCCCCUGGUCCGUUUGGAAAGGACAUUACUAAUCUGACGUUUGAAGUGGAAGAACUUGACAACAACUUGCUCAGAUUUAAGUUCUACGACCCGUCGUCCUCCCGGUAUGAAGUUCCUGUUCCUCUGGAACUGCCGAAGACAAGAGCUACGGUACCUCGAUAUCGGCUGGACAUCACCAAUAAUGAAACCUUCUCUUUCCGGAUUAUAAGGCUCAGUUCAGGAGCAGUCCUCUGGGACACUGGGGUCGGCGGCUUCACAUUCGACGACCAGUUCCUCCAGAUCGCCACCAGGCUUCCUUCCACCAACAUCUACGGCUUCGGGGAGAACACCCAUGACAAGUUCCGACAUAAUCUGUGGUUCAAGACAUGGCCUAUGUGGUCACGGGACCAAUGGACGAUGUACAGUACGUACGAGAACCACUAUGGCGUCCACCCCUUCUAUAUGGCUAUGGAAGACGAUGGCCAGUCCCAUGGCGUUCUGUUGCUCAACAGUAAUGCACAGGAUUAUUCCUUCACACCGCUACCAAUGUUGAUCUACCGAACCAUCGGCGGCAUCCUGGACUUCUACAUGUUCCUUGGGCCGGAACCGGAGUCUGUAGUCCAGCAGUACACACAGGUGAUCGGUCGUCCUUAUAUGCCGCCCUACUGGUCGCUGGGCUUCCAACUGUGCAGGUAUGGCUACAACAAUCUGUCGUCAAUACAGGAAGCGGUAGACGCCACUAGGAAUGCUGGGAUACCCCAUGACAUCCAGUAUGCUGACAUCGAUCACAUGGACGAGCGGAAAGACUUCACCGUGGACGACGUCAACUUCCCCAGUCUCAACGACUACUUCAACAACCUCCGUGCUGGAGGCAUGAGAAACAUCAUAAUCCUGGACCCCGCCCUUGUCUCCAACAACACUGGCUACGUGCCCUACGAAGCAAUGAAGGCGGUAAGCGGUAACAUCAUGUGGCCCAACGGUGUCGACAUCCCCGAGGGAAGCAACGACACCGACAACGCCCUACUGGGAUAUGUGUGGCCAAAGGGCAAGACGGUGUUCCCUGACUUCUUCAAGAACGACACAAGACGGGUGUGGGGCGAGCUGAUCAACAACCACUCCCGCACUCUCUUCUUUGAUGGACUUUGGAUUGAUAUGAACGAACCUGCCAAUUUCGGCACCAACGAAGAAAAACCUUUCAACUGGCCUAAAAAUGCCACGCCCUACUGGAGUUUGAAGUGUCCUACUGGCAGCUUGGAGGACCCACCUUACAGGACUCGUGAACUGGCCCGCAUCUCGGACAAGACAAUCUGUAUGACAGCUGUGCAGGGAGAGCGUGGGGAGUAUCAGCAUUACAAUGUCCACAGUCUGUAUGGCUGGAGCCAGACUGAACCCACUCUGAGGGCCUUGCAACAGGCGACUGGCAAGCGUGGCAUUGUCGUGACCAGAUCCACUUUCCCGGGCAGCGGCAAGCACUCUGGCCACUGGCUGGGGGACAACGCCAGCAAAUGGAGGGACAUGAUGGUCUCGGUCACAGGCAUCCUUGAGUUCAACCUCUUUGGUAUCCCGUAUAUCGGUGCCGAUAUUUGCGGGUUCUUCGAAGAGACUACCCCUGAGUUAUGUAAACGCUGGAUGCAGCUUGGAGCGUUCUACACAUACUCCAGGAACCACAACGGCAUCGGCUUUAAGCGGCAAGACCCUGGGUCCCUCGGGGAUGAUGUUGCUCGAGCCUCACGUGAAGCCAUGGAGACGCGGUAUCGCCUACUGCCGUAUCUGUACACGUUGUUCCAUCGCAGCCACAGCUACGGAAACACCGUCAUCAGGCCUCUACACCACGAGUAUCCAAGAGACCAGACCACCUACAGGGUUGACCGACAGUUUCUGUGGGGGGCAGGGCUCAUGAUAUCACCCAUACUGCACGAGGGCCAGACAUCGCUCAGCAUCUAUGUACCCCAAGGUCGUUGGUUUGACUGGUACACGGGUGAUGUAGCUUCGGAGAAGGGGGGAUCCUACCUCCAUAUCCCCAUUAGCCCAGAAUCCCAAAUCCCCUUGCACGUGCGAGGGGGCCAUGUCCUGCCUCUACAAGACUCGGCCAAUAACACACACUUCAGUCGCCAGACCCCGUUCACUCUGAUUGUCGCCCUGGAAGACAUGGCGGACCAAGGGUUGCAGGCACGGGGGGAGCUGUUCUGGGAUGACGGGGAGGGGAUAGAUACCUACGAGAAUGGCAACUACUAUCACGCCAUGUUUGACUGUAAGGAGAGCAAGCUGACUAUGAACGUGACCCAAGCUAUGAUGGGGAUGGAUCUUCUGACGCUGGAGACCGUGGAAGUGUGGGGGUUGCCAGGAACGAUACAGAACGUCACCGUCAACGACACACCUCACAGCUUCGUCCAGAAUAAGACACUGACCAUAGGCUUCCUUGACCACCCCAUGUCGGACAAUCUCCAGAUAUCCUGGACGUAGAGGAUAUACGCGCCUGGAUCACAGAAUGGAUGAGUCUUUUCACAAUCACUUUGUUUUGUCACAUUUCUGACAACUAGUUUUAACCUUACUGAAACUUUUGUCAUAUUUGUAUUAAUAUUUUACAUACAGAUCGAAAGUAUUUUGCAUUAAUGAUGCACCUGGUAGGAUAUUUUUUCAUAACGCACCUGAUUAGAGUGUAUCUGUGUUAAUUCAUAUUCUAUUUUAUAUUUUAGUAGGUCACCUUGUGUUUUAGACAUAUAACUAUGCUGUGGUACACGUUUUGGAGAUGACGUAAACAAAAUGUUUAUUAAUCUUUUCAAACUGCCAAAUCUAUACUUUCGUUCUUUGGUUUGUAUCUUUCAUACCUAUAUGUGCAGUUUUCGUAUAUUCAGAAUUGUCGUAUUUUCCGGAGGGCCAGGCUUUAAUCAAAUGCCAUCGAUCAUUCAAAACAACUCAUUCGCAAUUUACCGAAAAACGCAUAUAAAUGUCUGCGGAGACAUCAUUUCAUUAAUUUUCUCGUGCAGUAGAGAUUUUAUAAUCAGAGUUUUCAAAGAAUAUUCUUAGUUACAUUCAUUUCGUCCAUCUUGAAAAGUGUAAAAAGGUGCGAGAAUAUGUUUAAACGGGUAGAAAGAUAGCAAAAUGGGACAAUGCAAUUUUUUCACAGUUAAUGUUUAUAUCAUAACCAGAAUAUCUACCUAUUUACCAUGGAAUAUGUAUAUUGGCGCCAUACGUGUACCGUAGUCAUAAAUAACGGGACAAUUGUAUUGUUGAAGACUAUUUCAGAUUUACAAGGUUGUUUUUGUGUGUGUGGACUUGAAAAGUAAACCAUGUUACUAGGGACAGACGUUUGAAAUAUAUGACUGUUUACAUUU